AUGAUUAGUAGUAAUUUAAAUGAAAAUAUAGCGGUUGUAGUGAGAGCAAGACCAUUCAACAAUGAAGAGACAAAACUUGGAUGUCAUGAGGCGUGGUCGAUGGAUCCAUUGUCAAAUACAAUCACAUCAUUGCCACCUCCUACAACACCGACAUCGACAUUGGCAGCACCCAAGACACCUGCAAAGUCAUUAAACAGUUCACUUGGACCCCCUAGAACACCUGCCAAAUCAUCAUUAUACUCUUCUUCUUCUGCUCAUCCUCCCCCAUCAACACCUAGUGGAAAGUUUAUACCAAAUGAAUAUACCUACGAUCACUUGUUCUUGCCCAACAUUGAAAAUAUAGAUGUCUAUACAAGCGUUGCCAAGGGUAUCAUCACAUCAACAAUGGAAGGAUUUAAUGGUGUUAUCUUUGCCUAUGGACAGACUGCAUCUGGAAAGACGUUUACAAUGAAGGGUACGGGUAGAAAGAACCCGGGUGUCAUUCCAUUGGCCAUCCAAGACGUUUUCUCAUUCAUUGCAAACGACCCAAACAGAGAGUUCUUGUUGCGUAUCUCGUAUUUGGAAAUCUACAACGAGGUGAUCAACGAUUUGUUGGCACCCGAGAACAUCAACCUCAAGGUGCACGAGAACCCACAGUCGGGUGAGGUGUUUGUCGGCGGGCUCAAAGAAGAGAUUGUCUUGUCGUACGAUCACGUGCUCUCGGUGAUUGCGUCGGGUGAGGCACAUCGUCAUGUCGGGUCGACCAACUUUAACGACCAGUCGUCGCGUUCACACACCAUCUUUAGACUGGUGGUAGAGUCCAAGCCGGUGGCCGACAGCGUCGAUUCGUCGAGCCAAGGCGUGCGUGUAUCGUGUCUCAAUCUGAUCGAUUUGGCUGGAAGUGAGCGUGCCAGCGAGGGUGCGCAAUCCAUCCGUAACAAAGAGGGUGCAUACAUUAACAAGAGUUUGUUGACUCUUGGCUCGGUCAUUAGCAAAUUGAGCGAAAAGACCAAGGGUCACAUCAACUAUAGAGAUUCCAAACUCACACGUAUACUCCAAAACUCGCUUGGUGGCAACUCCAAGAUUGCCAUCAUCUGUACCAUUACGCUUGCCAACAACAACUUUGAAGAGUCACAUAGCACGCUCAAGUUUGCAUCGCGUGCCAAGAAUAUUGUCAACAAUGCCAAGGUCAAUGAGACUGUCGACGACAAGACAUUGAUCAAACAAUACCGAAACGAAAUUGCCGAGCUCAAGAACAAGCUCGAAGAGGCCAAUCGUCGUGGCAAGGAUAUAGUUCCGGGCGGGUCAGCAGCAGACGAGCUCAACAAGAAACUAAUGGAAGCCGAGAAACAUAAGAACCUUCUCGAAAGUAAAAUCCAGCAUCUUACCAAGCUCAUCCUCGUGUCGACCAGUAUCAGCAACGCCAAAAAGUCGGCUGGUAUGGCUAGUCCGGGGAGUUCUUCAAUGUCGGCUCGCAAUACCAUACAAAAUGUGUCGUCGGCAGCGUCACCUUCAUCAAUCGAUCCACUCGCCGAGAUUGAUCCACACCAUCUCAGCGAACACAUUAAAAAUAGUUUGGCAAUCGAAGAAAAAGAGAUACAGCUAAAGAGUAAAAUAGCAAAGUUGGAACUAGACGUUGAAGAGAAAUCAAAAAUAAUAGAAACACUAAAGAGUGGUGGAAAAGGAUCAACUUCUCCCGGCGUAACUGCACCUGUAAAUGUAAAUGAUAGAAUUAAAGAAUUGGAAGCAAAAUUAAAGGAAAAGGAUGAUUCCAUACUUUCACUGGAAUUCAAGAUCAAAGGAUACACUGAAAAGUUUAAAGAGUUUUAUUCAGAAAAUACAGUUUUAAAGAAAAAGGUUAAUCAAUUACAAGAUGAAAUUCAAAGACUUCAAAAUCAAGAUGGUGCUUAUGAAUAUGAUGAAGAUGGUGAUGAAAUGUAUUAA